CAAUCUUUGCCAGAAACUUUAUGCCGGUGAUUAUGAUUAUUAUGACUUAUUGAUUUCGGAAAGUAGGCUAGGCUUGAUUGUCUGUCCUCUACUUCCGAACAUGUGGUUCUGUUUCAACAUAUACUAAAAGGUCUACCAUUGAUUGUAGAAUAGACAAAUAUUUGUAAAGUAUUAAUGUACAAUUACUAACGAGAGAGUUUUAAUUACCGUGUUUCCUAUCGGUAUCGGUAGGCCUAGUAGCAGCACACUGCAUCGCUAGGUAGGAAGAACUGAUACUUUCUCCUUGUGAGUAGCAGUAUAUCAACCAGUUUGAGCUUAAAAUUGCAGGGUCUAGCCUAGGCCUACUUUCAUCCUAUGUUGAAGACUUUUAUUUAAGUUGGUAGAAGAAAUGGCUGGCUCUGAGCCUUCCAAGGGACUCUUAAGUCGAGGAAGAUGUGUGUUCUUUGCUUGCAUCAUCCUUGUGUUAAUUGUUACGUAUCUUGCAAUGGUUGUUUCGGAGACAGGCAGCUCUACGAUUCCUGUACAAUUUCAAAGCAAUAUCCGUAAAAGUUUUGCCAGAUUUGCAAAUGGAACAAUAAAUAAUUUCAAUAGAAUAGUAGAUUCUACAUUUAAAUAUCGAGAUCCACAACGUAAAGAGUACACACAACCAAAGGUAGACAGCGGUAUCCGAGCAUUUGCUCAAAAUCUCACCGUCUUACCAACAACUGCGUCUAGCCUUCCAACCGAAGAAUCAAUUCCAGAUUUUGUGCCAAAAUUUCUAGUCAAGAAGGAACCGGAUGAAAAUGAUGAGUAUGCAAGUGAGAAGGUGUAUUACCAUGACAACCAGUAUUUACAAUAUCUUAAAUGCCCAACAAGUGUACGCCGGAAAAUGAUGACUAUGCCAGAGAUGCAGUCAAAAUACAUUGUAGAUAUUCCUGUACUUAUGUGGAGUAAACAUUUCUCAAACUCUGAAUUCCAAAGGUUAAAUAAAUUUAGAGGAAUAAAUGGAUUUGAUGAUGUUGAUACAGAUGAUGUUCGUGGAACAUUAGAUGCGCUUUCCUCACCAAAUAAUCAAUAUAUGUUCGAUAAAAGAAUGACAAAUGGCAAACCAAAUGGUGGGUGUAUCACCUGUGCAGUUAUCGGAAACGGAGGAAUAUUAAAUGGUUCAAGGAAAGGCCAAGAAAUUGAUGCCCAUGACUAUGUGUUCAGGGUAAAUACAGCAUUAACAACAGGAUUUGAGGAAGACGUUGGUAGACGCACAUCUUUCUAUUGUUUUACAAUGAUCACAUUGUCAAACACUUUACGAGGAAGUAGACAAUUUGGAUUUCGUUCGCCCCCAUAUUAUGAGGAUAUUAGAUAUUUAUUUUUUGCGGAUAGUGGAUGGACAUAUGAAUAUUUGAAUGCAGUGUUACAUAACAAACCUGCUCCAUUUAGUCGAGGAAAGUACCACCGGGGUCCACCACAGUUUCCUAAAGGAAUAAAUAAAGAAAACAUAAAAGUCAUACAUCCUGAUUUUGAACGGUAUCUUAAAUGGAGUUGGGUGAAUUCUAAACAUCAACAUAAAAAUGUUCAUCGUCCCACGACAGGAGCUAUUAUGUUAUUGGCAGCUUUGCACACAUGUGAUCAGGUGGAUAUUUAUGGCUUUGGAGGCAGCUAUGACAAAUUUUCAGAACAUUAUUACGACAAAAAAUUUCAAAAGCAUAUAUUUUUUGCAAACCACGACAAUAUUGCAGAAAAUAACUUAUGGGAGCAACUACAUAAAUUAGGAAUUGUUAAAAUGUAUAAAAGAGAUUAAAGAAUCAUUUGCUAUCAUUUAUUUGUAACAGAGGGAAGACAAACGCUUAUUGUGUGAAAUGUAAAUAACUGUGUGAAGGAAAUUUAUUGGGAAAUAAUCAUUUUUAAAGAGGUAUAGCAACUACUGUUAUAUUUAAAAGUUGAUCAGUAUGCUAUGGUAUGAAGAUUUAAACAAAUGUAACAGGAGGAGGAGUAAGUGGAAAUAAUUGUUACAGUGAGGCCGAUUUUCCCGACGGGAGCAAAGUGGGUUAAUUUAAUUGAUUUUAGAGUCUACUAAUAUGUAAAAAAUGCAGUACUUAUUUGUUUUCGGCAGGGGAGGGGGAACUCUCCUGGACGGCCUCUUCCCCCACCCACUGGCUCUUUCCCCCACCCACUGGCUCCACCCCUGCUCCCAAAAAUGACCUCUGACCCCUGAAAACAUGUGUCUC